CGGGCGGGCUGAGCGGCAGCUCCGUGCUUUCACCGCGCCGCCCUGCCUUGCUUGGAGCUCCGUGCGGUGCGCCUUGUUCAGGAGGCUUCCGGCCGAGGCCAGCGAAGGAACAGCGCGAGGGUGUUCAGACCGGUGGCAGCUGUGCCUCCCGAAGCCUCGUGUCUCAGGUUCAGUCUGUGCUGUGGGCGUUCAGUAUCUCAGAGCCCUACAUUGAAAUAUUUGAACAACCCAGGCAAAGGGGCAUGCGGUUCAGAUACAAAUGUGAAGGAAGAUCAGCAGGUAGCAUUCCAGGAGAGCACAGUACUGACAACAACAAGACAUUCCCAUCUAUACAGAUUCUAAACUAUUUUGGAAAAGUCAAAAUAAGAACUACAUUGGUAACAAAGAAUGAACCCUACAAGCCACACCCUCAUGAUCUAGUUGGAAAAGACUGCAGAGACGGCUACUAUGAAGCAGAGUUUGGGCCCGAACGGCGAGUCUUGUCUUUUCAGAAUUUGGGAAUUCAAUGUGUGAAGAAGAAAGACCUGAAAGAAUCAAUUUCUUUGCGAAUCUCAAAGAAAAUCAAUCCCUUUAAUGUGCCUGAGGAGCAGCUGCACAACAUUGAUGAGUACGAUCUCAACGUUGUCCGCCUCUGUUUCCAAGCUUUCCUCCCUGAUGAACAUGGCAACUACACAUUAGCUCUUCCUCCUUUGAUUUCCAACCCUAUCUAUGACAACAGAGCUCCCAACACAGCAGAACUGAGAAUUUGUCGUGUGAAUAAGAACUGUGGAAGUGUAAAGGGAGGAGAUGAAAUUUUUCUUCUGUGUGACAAAGUUCAAAAAGAUGACAUAGAAGUCAGAUUUGUCUUGGACAACUGGGAGGCAAAAGGCUCCUUCUCCCAAGCUGAUGUUCAUCGCCAGGUCGCAAUUGUGUUCAGAACACCGCCUUUCCUCAGAGACAUCACAGAACCCAUCACAGUGAAGAUGCAGUUGCGAAGACCUUCAGACCAGGAAGUCAGUGAACCAAUGGAUUUCAGAUAUUUACCAGAUGAAAAGGAUCCGUAUGGUAACAAAGCAAAAAGGCAGAGAUCAACGCUGGCUUGGCAAAAGCUCAUACAGGACUGUGGAUCAGCUGUGACAGAGAGGCCAAAAGCAGCUCCUGUCCCCACUGUCAACCCUGAAGGAAAGCUGAUUAAGAAAGAGCCAAAUAUGUUCUCACCUACGCUGAUGCUGCCUGGGCUAGGAACGCUGGGGAGCUCCAGUCAGAUGUUCCCUGCGUGCAGCCAGAUGCCCACCCAGCCUGCGCAGCUUGGCCCUGGGAAGCAGGACACACUCCCUUCCUGCUGGCAGCAGCUGUACAGCCCGUCCCCUUCAGCCAGCAGCCUGCUCAGCAUGCACCCGCACAACAGCUUCACAGCAGAAGUGCCUCAGCCUGGUGCUCAGGGCAGUAGCUCUGUCCCGGCUUUCCACGAUAACCCACUGAACUGGCCCGAUGAGAAGGAUUCCAGUUUUUACAGGAAUUUUGGCAGCACAAAUGGGAUGGGAGCAGCGAUGGUGUCAGCUGCAGACAUGCAGAGUGCUUCCAGUAGCAGCAUCGUCCACGCCGGUCACCAGGCUGGUGCCACUGCUGCAAGCAUCAUCAACAUGGAGACCAGUGACAUGAACUGCACCAGUCUCAACUUUGAAAAGUAUACUCAGGUGUUAAACGUAAGCAACCACAGGCAGCAGCUCCAUCAGGUGCCUGCAACAUGCCCACCUGUGGCAGCCCCUGGCAGCACUGCCUUCAGUUCACAACCAAAUUUAGCUGAUACAGCAGUUUACAGCAGCUUUCUAGACCAAGAAGUUUUAAGUGAUUCAAGACUAUCGACCAACCCUCUCCAGAACCAUCAGAACAGCCUCACCCUUACAGAUGACCAGUUCUACGACACCGAUGGUGUCCACACCGAUGAGCUCUAUCAGUCUUUCCAGUUAGACACCAACAUGCUACAAAGCUAUAACCAUUGAGCCAGCAGCAGGCUGAGGCAGGCACAUAGAGCUUUUCCAAGGAGUAACUCACCCUUCUUUCUCUUUCAGAAUGCUACUGUGCAAACCUCAUGAUACAACUUAAAGUUAUACGUAUAUCGAUCAGCCCAAAGACUGGUGCCCAUGAAGAAGCAUUUGGGGUGCUGUACCUUCAAAGCUCUUCUUAAACAUUUGUAUGGUGUUGGAAAAAGGAAUUACUAAUACUUAAAGCAUUGGGAAGAAAAGCUGAUAUCUUCAGAAGGGUCAGAUUUCCAAUAAUUCACAGGGUUAAUACUGUCUAAAAAUAAAACAUUUUGCUACAGAAAUUAAAUUAACAUUUCAGAAGGACAAAGUAGGAAAAAACUGCACGUGGGCACUCUAGUUCAGACUCACCUAACAUAUUUUAUUCAUCUUGCUUGAAAGAUUUAGGUUUCUUACCCUCUUUCAUAUAAAAUAUUUUUCUCCUAAAACAAAAUCAUGCAUUGAUUUUUUAUUUUUUUUUCCAUGUUUCACCACAUUCCAUUUGCUUUCAAGGCAAAUUUACUCUAAAGAAAUUUAAUGACUAUGUCAUUGUUAGAUAUGUUUUAAAGACCGGAAGGUUUGAGUUUUUAAAUAGUCCAGCUCUGUUGUAAAUGCAACACUGCACAGAAGAAUGAGCAGAAAGUAAGGACUUCUCUGCACUUCAUCCCGAGUGCACUAUUUUAAAUGACAAAUCCCUGUUGCUUUAGGAAUGGAGCACGCUGUUAUUUCUCCGGAAUUUGUUUGGUGUGUGUGUGUGUGUAGCCACGAUGCGCAUUUUAUUUUGAACUACAGAAAUGCAGUCAAAGCACCUGCCCGUUCCUUCCUCAGACGGCCCAGCAGUUUCCUGCUAUGCAAGUGACUGCUGAAAGGCUCAGGUCUGACUCCCUACCAGCCCUCACGGGAAGAGGUGAAAUGCAGCCCACCCCAACGCGCUGUGUCAGCAAUGCGAGGCCGUUCCAAUCGGUGUCAAUUAAAACAGCCUUCAGUCCGCGGUAUCGAGAACCAGAGCUUCCUCUCUUCUGCUAGCUUCCCAGUCUCCACACCAAGGCCUGAGGCACAGGAUGUCCCGUGGCACCUCGUGUAGCUAUCUGGCUAGGUAAGGCACUCAGGUCUGUGUUAGGGCUUUGCUAUUUUACUGCUGAUGUACGAAGCAUCACAGCAAGAAAUAUAUCAGUGUAUUUAUUUAUACGGCUGGUUAUUGUGUAGGCUUAAGAACCUAAUUUUUACUGUUUGACUAUCUAAAAGUGCACCAUGGAAAAAAGCAAUAAAUAGCAUGCUUGGAUAUGUAGGGAACAGAAACCACAACCACAAGACAAAAAGCCACUUGAGAUGUACAGUCACACACCAGAUAGAAAGGAACUCCAAAAACCUCCAUGGUUUAAGGGAAAGCAGCAAUUACUCAGUGCAGUAAUUCACUGCGUGCAGAGCCAUGAGGUGCUGCAGCUGUAAGGCAUUACAUCAGUUUCACAGGUCUGACAGAAGGGGCUCUUCCACGGUGUACAAAUGAAGUCUGGAAAACUGCUUCCCAUCACCCCAUGUACCCAACUCCACACUUACAGCAGUUUUUCUCACUCCUGCAACACACCUUUCCGGGAGCAUGAAAGAGAUACAAAGAACGCUUGCAAUGUGUCAUUUAUUCAGUUCUUCCUUUUUAAGUUCUCAAUGUUUAAGUUUAUUGAAUGUAAACAUUUUCUUUAUAGAAUGCUCUUUAUAGCACAAUUUGUUUUUACAGUAUAAUUAAAUAUUUUCAAAAUUCUGUUUUCCUUUGUAAACAA